CUGGGGUGACGGGAUACCUAACGUCACAAAGCCGGGCCUGGAGCCAGGCAGGCUGGUGUGGGUGGCACGGAGUCUGGGGCCACGCGGGGCCAUGGGCUGCUGCCAAGACAAGGACUUUCAGAUGUCUGAUGAGCAGGAAGAAGAGUCCGAGGACCUCGGGGAAGGUGAGGCCACAGAUAAAAGAAGAGGGCCCAGGGAGCGGGAGAGGGGGCUUCCUGAGGGUAGGGCUGAGCUCAGAGGCCUCAUCGUCCCCUCAGGCGCCGAAAAUAUCCACGUGAACGCCCCAGACCACCGGAAUCACAAGUCGAACGAAAGCCUUCUGAUCACUGUGCUGUGGCGGCGGCUAUCCUUGUUCAGUCGUCGGGGCUCCUCGCGGGCAAGCAAGAGGCAAUCAGACGUGGUUCGGAAGAAGGAGACUCCGAUCCGAGAAGGCAACCAGGAGGAGCCGGAGAAGGGAUGACUCCAGACCCGCUCUUAGUCCACCCGUACCUCCAGAGAAUAAAAUUUCUGACGUGGACCUGCAAGACCGUUCUGGGGACGGGGC